UGCUCGUCGAGUCAUACCCGGGUUAUGUUGCUUUAGAUGAUAUUUCAGUUGUUCCUGGAGAAUGUGUCAAACAAGGUACUUCUUCUCAAAUGAGCUCCUGUGGCAAGCGCAAGAUUCUCGCUGGAUCUCAGUCUCCACAAUCUCUCAUUGUAGGAGGAACAGAAGCUACACCAAACUCUUGGCCAUGGAUAGUUAGUUUGACUCGAGGAGGCUCUAUUCAUUGUGCAGGAUCAAUUAUUGACAAAUAUUGGAUUUUGACAGCAGCUCAUUGUCUUGUACAAUCAACACAACCUGCAACUUUUUACACAGGAAUUACAAUAAAUGUUGCAGAUCAUAGAACAGACACAACUAGUGUUUAUGAAUACUCUUUGACGUCAGUAGCCAUGUAUAUUCAUCCUAAAUAUUACGUAAGAGGACCUGUAUAUUUUGCGGACUAUGACGUUGCUUUGAUGAAACUCCCGACAUCUUUGAACUUUACCGAACGUGUGCAGCCUGUUUGUCUUCCAAGUCGAGAUUAUUUUAACGGAAAUGAUACAUGUUUUGUGAUUGGCUGGGGACGUACUGCAUCUGGCUUCACUUCUCCAUACUUACAACAGGUGAAACUUGAUGUUAUUAGUCUUCAAGAAUGCAAUAGUUUUAGCUUUUUUAACGGGAGAGUCUCACCAAGGUCAGUCUGUGGUGGUCGUAGAUCAGGUGGAGUCAGUGCUUGUAAUGGUGAUAGUGGUGGUCCCUAUCAAUGUAAACGCAAUAAUACUUGGAUACAAUUAGGGAUAGUCUCUUGGGGACGCUCUUGUGUGCAAGCUAGAUAUUACAGUGUGUUUAUGGAUGUCAGAAAGUUCUUGGAGCCAUUUAUUGAAACAAUUCAAAGAGGUCAGAACAUUAAUCUAACCAUGUACUACUCAAGAGCAAUUGGAGUUGUGUUUCAAAACUUAUCAGAA